AUGUUGCUCCACGCAGCGCUGGGCGUUGUCGCGUUUGUGGUGGCCGUCGUGGCGGAUGAUAAGAAGGACUUGGGGACUGUGCUUUCUGGGAAUAAGAAUCUGACCAAGUUUUAUGAGUUGAUCAAGAAAUAUCCCGAUGUCUUGUUGGAACUGCCGAGUGACAAUGGCGUGACGAUUGUCGCACCAUCAGACAAGGCCAUCGACAAAAUCCAAUACACAUCCCUCCAAUCCAGCUGGGAGCCAGACAACAAGGAGAAGACGAUGCCAUUCCUCCAAUACCACAUCCUCAACGGCGUCGUGUCCGCCGGCAUGCUCAAAGAAGGCCAAACAUACUACGAGACCACACGCCUCGUCAGCCCUACAUUCACAAACGUCACCACCGGCCAAGGCGUGCUCGUCAACAAGCAGCCCGGCUCCGUUACCUUCAUUAGCGGCCAGGGAACGCGGUCUACACUCGUCCAGGCCGACAUCCCCUUCACAGGCGGUCUCAUCCAAGUCGUGGACAACAUCCUCAUCCCGCCUACGCUCAUCUCCGACACCGCCAUCGCAUUCCAGGCGAAAUCCUUCCUGGGUUCCCUCUACGCCGCAAAGUUGAUGCCUGACGUCGCGUACCGCAAGAACAUUACCGUGUUUGCGCCAAAAGAUGAUGCGUAUAACCUCAUCGGCGGGGGUCUGCAGUCUCUCAACGCAAGCCAACUAGCGAGAAUAAUGAAAUACCACAUCAUACCGGACCAGGUCCUCUCGUCGAAUCUCCUCACCAAUGGCUCCAAACUGAAUACACUGGCGAACGACCCCGCUGGCAAGGCAGAGCAGGUUGUGGUUCGACAGGACGGAAAUAACAAGUAUAUUGAUACGGCGCAGCUUAUUCAGCCAGAUAUCCUGAUCGCCAAUGGCAUAAUGCACGUCGUUGCGAAUGUGUUGAAUCCCGACACGCAGAACGACGUGCCGAAUCCGGAUAUAGGGACACAGGCGCCUGUUUUUCCGGUGUCGACUGUCACGGGGGCGUUUACGAGUGAUUUGCCGUGCUCGACGAAUUGUCCUACUACGACGACUGGGGGUGCUUCGUCGACGGGGACGGGGAAGGGGACCGCUACGACGACGAGUUCGUUGUUUAGUAGUAGUUCGCGGGGAGGGGGGGCUAGGUGUACGGGUGUGGUUGGGGCGGUUGGGAUGCUUGGUCUGGGGGCGGGGAUGGCGUGGAUUUAG